GUUUCAAGUGCAGUGUAACGUACACAGAUCGUGCCGAAGCACACACACACACACGCCAUCCCGCUCGCACUCAAGGCGUCGCCGGCCUCCAUUUCAAAGUCUGUUUAGUAUCAAAACAGAAGCAGCGCUAAGAGGCAAAAUAAAUCCGACAAAAUUAGCCCUAUGUCGCGACAAUACAUAUAGAUAUAAGACAUAUAUAUAUGUAUAUAUAGAAAUAACAGACGCGCGAGACUCAGUGGAAGACAUUACCUUGUUGACGUAUUCGGCGCCUAGUUACUUAAUAGAAUACGGCCGCCACCAGAAAUGGAGUCCAAUAAAGCCUAUUUGCGGGAGAAAUACCAGGGCUUAUGUAAUUACUUGGAGCGCGACACAUUGGGCAGCGAGCUGGUCAUCUACGGCACCUCGGCCCUGAUGCUGGCGGUGGCCUACGCCAAGCGUAAGCCCGCCUAUCUGGUGCGCCAGUUCAAGCAGCCGUCGCACAUCCCAGAGCGUAUCAUCAACGAGCGCAUCAUGCACACGGGCAAGAUCAGCGGCGUGCAGCAGCGGGAUCAGGACACACUGCUGAUGAUCAAACACCGUCCGCUCAUACCGAUCUUCACCAGCAACACGCGCCUGCUACCGGUGAAGCUUCCCGGCGUCAGCGUCAACUCCAAUGGCUUCGCCUGGCUGCAGCAGUGCCUCGUUGGACGCGAGGCCACCUUUAUUCCACUGAACAAGAGCGGAAAGAAGGACUACGUUGUGUGCCAGCUGUGUCUGGUCCAUCCGCCCAAGGGCAACCGUUUGCUGGAUGUCUCCGAGACGCUGCUCAAGCUGCGCUUUGCCAAGUUUGCGCAGGAUGUUGCAGCCGGAGUGAAGCGCAAUGGCAAAUACUACAAGCACCUGAAGCGAGUCGAGGAGACAACCGCUGAGAAGGAAGCCUGGCUGGCCUGGGCGGCACGAUAUCCCUACAUCUGGCGGCGCUACAACGAGCUGAAGGCCUCGCUCCUGCCCAAGGAGAAGCUGCUGCCCGAGCUGGUUCGCUAAUCCCGCCCGGCAGCGGGAACCCAAUACUGACCGAGCGUAUUGUUAAAAUAUUUCUAAGUUCUAAGGCCUUUGACGAAACGGAAUGAAACUGAAAAGUCGAUCCGAUACGAUCCGAUCCGAUUUCCAACCGCACUACGGACCGAGUACGAAUACGUGAUUGUGUGCUAAUUUUCCCCACUCAAAUCGAAUCGAAAUGCUGGCAUUUUUUUCAAAUAAACAAAAUGUUGAAUUUGUUUUGGAUGACAUCAGUGCGUGGCUGUGUGUGUUCGAUCGUGUAUCUGUGUCCGACCCUGCAUUUGUGUGUCGCUGCUUCCCAAAUAAAACGAUAAAAUACUUAAUGCUACCUCUGCA